CCAAUCAGCGUACCGCCAGCGCUUUCUCCGUCAACAUCAUCGCUCCCAGGCAACACUUGGUUAUUGAGGGUACGAUUGGGACGUUAAGGCCACUUGGAUUCUUGCGCUAAUCUCUUGGUGGCCAAGCAAGACAAAGACCUGGUCCUACAUGUCAGAUUCUGGCUUUCCCUACAUUGUCAACUUCUGCAGCGACUGCGGCAGUACCCUCUUCGGAGAAUCCGCCAGACUUCCCGAUGUCGUGUCUAUCAAGACUGGCUGUUUGGACAACAAUGGUACCAACCUUGGCUCCAUGGAUGCAGAAGUCUUUGUUGAACGUCGUGUUGACUAUCUUCAACCCUUCGAUGGAAUGAACCAGGUUGUCGGUACGAUAUAGAUGGUCGACAUGCCAUUGCACAAGAGGUGGUUCCAGCA